AUAAUAAUGGAUUGCCAUUAGGCUCGUAAAUUAGCAUUUUCAUUACCAUAGUACAUUACUAGUGGGUUGUUAUUUACUGCUAGUCAGCCUCAAAAUGUAGCCCUGAUUUUCCUUAAGUUGAAACAGAAAUCUAACUUUUUACGCUAUUGCGGUAUUGAAGCAGGAAAGGAAGAUGACGUCAUCUUCAAAUUUUGAGAGCCCACUCGUAGUUUUGAGGCUUAAUAAUUCAUGGUUAAAUGAUUAAAUUAGAGGUUUAGUUUGUUUACCCAUUUCAGGAAUGGCUCAUGUAGCAUUGCAUUUGAAUAAACUGUCACAGCUUUACUCAUCAACAUGCAUAACAACUACUUUUUGGUGGAAUAAGCAGUAUUUCGAUUUCUGCUUCAUAUUUCAGAAUUUUCUAUUUUUUACAAUAAACUUUCCGAAACCUUUGAAACAUUUUUUUGUCUGAUAUGGAGAUCUUGUAUCUUGUUUUUUCAGUAACUCUUCUGUAUUGAAAAGUGCCCCAGUGAGCUCCCAAAAUUUGUGUUGACAUGAUGAUGCAGCUACUACUUCACAAUGUCCCAAUAGAGGGGAUUGGCUGGAAGAUUUACUUUCAAAGUUUUUGGUUCCCCACAACGUAUGUACACGUACGUAGUGGUAAAGUCACGGCCCUCACCAAAUCAGGCCCGCGUUUCUGGUGGUUUUUUGACCAAUAACUUGACUUUCUGGAACAUGUUCGGGAAGACUUGCAAGUUUAUCAUGCUUCUAGGCCUGUUGAUUAGGCCUCACGAACAGAAAACAAUAGUUGAAACUUGGCUAACGAUCCCAGACUAUUGUUUGAAUCCUUGGCAAUCAUUCCCAAAUCAAUGCAGAAUGUCUCUGAGCCCGAGCUUGAAUAUGUGUAUGGCCAAUGCUUUUGCAUUUGCGGAUUGCCGAGGUGUUCAAUGCACAAAUGGCACGAAUAUCUGUGAGGGGAUAACAUGGGCUCAAAGUUCAAAUCAAUGCGUAGGUCCGCUCAAGGCAUCUACAUUCUCCAAAGUUAUUGUCAAAGACAGCAAUGUCAUAUCAAGAGACAAAGACUUAUUUAUCUUCUAUGGAAGAACUGCUCAGAUCCGUGGAGUGUCCAUAGCGGGUUUGGAACCGAUUAGUUUACCACUACUUGAUGCGAAAAUUGUUCCCGUCUUAUUCAAAGAUGGGAUUGUGGCCUGCGACCUCAAGGGCAAGACUUGCCACCAUUGGCAACGAGGAUCUGAGGGAUGGUUGCCCUUUCCUGCCAUGAUUAAUGGUCACAAUAGAGGCUCCCUGGACAAUGUGGGCGGGAAGCUCUUGGCAAUUGCAGGGGCUAUAGGCGGCACUCCGACAAAGUUUGUGGAAACUUUCGAUGGCACAAAGUGGGUCGAACAGCCACAACUCUCACAUCCACGAAAAAUCUUUGCUACCGUGGUCAUCAAUAGCACUUCAAUAGCAUUAAUUGGGGGAUAUAACCGGGCUAGCUCCGACUUCAAAGAUAUUGGGUCCGAUUUUCUUAUCUUCCAUGUGGACACAAAACAAUGGACCAUUCUUGAGGAUUAUCCACACAAACAGGCGGGUUUAUCAUGCUGCAACUUUGACGGUGGAGCAGUGCAAGGCAUUUUCUGCAUUGGAGGAUUUGGGCUUACUAGUACAGAGGCUCCUGCCAAGCAAGCCUUCAUUUUUGAUUGGAGUACGAAAAUAUGGGCGAGAAUAGAUCAAUUUGACUUCAGCGACGACGUCGAAUACGCUCGCGGUCCCAUUGUUCAGUUUAAAAACUCACUUUUCUACAAACCCAUAAGUACCAUGCCAGGAAAUAAUCCGCAGGAAAAAAUCUUCAAGAUUGACUGGAAUGCGACGAACCCAACUUGGAUCGAUAUGGGGAUGGAUUUCCUUGAGAGUGGUGUUUCUGAAGCCUUGUUUCUAAUAGCUGACUCAUAUACAAUUACAUAGAAUUCAAUAAAGAAAUGAGAUAGAGGCUUUGUCAUUCCUUUUAUUACUAGGGCUUUUAUUUAAAAGGCAAAUAAACAUGGCUAGAAACACACAUAGAAAUGAAACAGUGUUCAAAAAUCGAUUGAAAUUGCAAAUUUCACAAUACAUUGUCUCCUUUAAUUAAUGAAUUCAAUAUCCGCCCACGAAUGACUUUAA